AUGCUGGGCCUCGCCGUGGUCGCCGGCGCCCUGCUGCUGCGCUUGGGCAGCGCCGCGCCGCCGCGGGCGCCCGCGCGGGGCGGUAUCAAACUGAGCAGCUGCCCCAAGGGCGGCUCGAGCCCCGCCGCGGCGCACGACGACAGCGAGGCGGGGAUCGAGACAUUUGCUCGAGACUACGAAAUCAUCACCACGUCCUACGAAAACGGCAGCACGUGCGCCGCGCAAGCCGGCGAGAACGGCCUCGACGGCGCUUUCCCCAGGAGGGCCCUAGCGAGCACCGACGCUGCGAAGAAGUCGUGGCUCCAGCUCUACAAGAACUACGGCGCGGGCGUCUAUGCCGACGCGUUCGACUCCGAGCCUAUAAAUGGCGCGGCGAGUGCCGAGCUCGACCCGAACAAGUACCAGGCGGGCGGGGUGCACGCGCUCCACGCCAUCGAGCAGACCGUCGGCAGCGACGUGCAAUACGAGAACUACCGGUCGGACGGCACCAUAUUGAUGUUGGCGGCCCCGACCAAGGACGGCGUCGACGUCUUGGACGUCGCGUCCGCCGAGCUGGCGCCUACGCCCGGCACCACGAUGCAGUUCAUGGCCCCGGACGCGAUCAAGGGCGGCGUCGACGAAGAAGAAGCGGCCCAGAGCUACCUUGGGCGGACUUCCUGGUGCCUCUUCCAGGUACUCGCUUCGGUGGUUCCGCGGCGCAGUAGCUCAACGAUGGGAGCGGCCUGGCGCUCGUCCGUCGUCGGCUACCUGCUUAUUUGGGGGGACGCCACCCGCGUGGCGGCGGAGACUUCGGUCCGCGGCCGCAGCGGCCGCAGCGACGACAACACCAAGUCCAAAACCAUGACGAAGACCAAUAACCCUCCGCGCGCGUCGGCGGGAGGCCUCGCGCAGCGGCGCGCGCUCACGGGCUAUGUGAUGGACGACGAUAGCAUUAGAACGGCGGUGGCGGCUUGGUUUGCCGACCAGUCCGCCGCCGAGGCGACGUACGGCCACAUUUCGACGUGGGCGACUGGGGGGGUGACGGACAUGUCGGAUUUGUUUAAUUCCCAGACGUCCUUCAACGAGGACAUCGGCGCGUGGGACACCUCUGGCGUCAAGAACAUGUUCGGGAUGUUCCGCUACGCCUCGGCCUUCGACCAGGACAUCGGCGCGUGGGACACCUCCGGCGUCACAACGAUGGAGUCCAUCUUCUAUUAUGCCUCGGCCUUCAACCAGGACCUCGACUGGUGCGUGGGCGACGACGUGGUUCUGUACAACGCGUUCGACGACACCCCGUGCGAUUCGACGUGGUGUGGCGUAAUGUGGGAGACCAAUACUGGCGACUGCAACGUCUCGCGCACGGGCAACGUCAUGGUCAACUGGAAAAUCGAGCAAGCAGUUGCAGCGUGGCUCGCGGACGCGACGGCCGCCGAGGCGACGUACGGCCACAUCUCGACGUGGGAGACUGGGGGGGUGACGGACAUGUCGCAUUUGUUCAGGGAGUCGUCCUUCAACGAGGACAUCGGCGCGUGGGACACCUCCGGCGUCACUACGAUGUGGGCGAUGUUCCACAGUGCCUCGGCCUUCGACCAGGACAUUGGCGCGUGGGAUACUUCGGGCGUCACAGAGAUGAGCCACAUGUUCUACGGCGCCUCGGCUUUCAACCAGAACAUCGGUGGUUGGGCGGUCCACAGCGUCAAGGACAUGGAGUCGAUGUUCCUCAACGCCUUAGCCUUCGACCAGGACAUCAGCGCCUGGAGCGUCGACAACGUCAGGGACAUGCACUGGAUGUUCAGCUCCGCCUCGUCCUUUAACCAGGACCUCGGUGAUUGGGCGGUCCAGAGCGUCACGGAUAUGCGCUGGAUGUUCAGAGGCGCCUCGGACUUCGACCAGGACCUCGGCUGGUGCGUGGGCGACGACGUCUUUGAUCCCUGGGGGCACGGCAACACAAUGGAAGACGCGUUCUCCGGCACGCCGUGCGAGGCGACGUCGUGCGGCGUUGAGCAGGGCCAAUUUGUACCUGCGAGCGGCAGCUGCGUGUCCACUCCAGCGCCAACUGCUUACUGGGAUGGCGUGCAUCACACGGACGACAGCAUCCGCAGGGCCGUCGUGGCUUGGCUCAACGAUCCGGCCGCCACCGAGGCGAGGUUAGGCCACAUCUCGACGUGGGAGACUUCAGGGGUGACGGACAUGGAGUUUUUGUUUUCCGCGUGUGAUUGGGACAGUAGAUGCAACUCGGCCGCUGCGGCCUUCAACGAAGACAUCGGCGCGUGGGACACCUCCGGCGUGACUACGAUGCACAGGAUGUUCGCCGAAGCCUCGGCCUUCAACCAGGACAUCGGUGGUUGGGCGGUUCACAACGUCAGGUAUAUGAGUUUCAUGUUCAUGGGCGCCUCGGCCUUUAACCAGGACCUCAGUUCGUGGGAAACCUCUGCUAUUACGAACAUGUUCCAGAUGUUCGGCGGCGCCUCUUCAUUUAAUCAGGACAUCAGCGGCUGGCGCGUCGACAGCGUCACGGACAUGAGCCAUAUGUUCAGCGGCGCUUCGGUCUUCGACCAGGACCUCGGCUGGUGCGUGGACGACGGCGCGAACCUGGACUACGCGUUCACCAACACCCCGUGCGAGGCGACGUCUUGCGGAGUGGUGCUCCAAGGCGUGGACUGUCCGUUUCCGACACCCGCGCCAACGCAGCGCAACUUCAUGGACGACUCCAGAAUCCGCACGGCAGUCCGAGCCUGGAUGGAGGACCGCGCCGCCGCCGAGGCGACGUACGGCCACAUCUCGACGUGGGACACAUCGGGGGUGACGGACAUGUCUCGGUUGUUUUGCGUGUGGCAGGAUUGGAUGGAAGCCGAAUCGUGGUAUGACGAUAUAUGCUUCUCGGCGUCGUCCUUCAACGAGGACAUCGGCGCGUGGGAUAUCUCCGGUGUCACAGUGAUGGACUAUAUGUUCUACUACGCCGCGGCCUUUAACCGAGACAUCGGUGGUUGGGCGGUUCACAGCGUCACGGAUAUGAGCGGUAUGUUCAACUCCGCCUCGGCCUUCGACCAGGACAUCAGCGCCUGGAGCGUCGACAACGUCAGGGAUAUGCACCAGAUGUUCAAUUCCGCCUCGGCCUUCGACCAGGACCUCAGUGCGUGGGAAACCUCUGGUGUUACGAACAUGCACCAGAUGUUCAGCUGGGCCUCGUCCUUUAAUCAGGACCUAGGCGGCUGGAGCGUCGAGAACGUCAGGGAUAUGCACUACAUGUUCCACCACGGCUCGGCCUUCGACCAGGACCUCGGCUGGUGCGUGGGCGACGACGUGAACCUCGACGAGGCGUUCUCCGGCACGCCGUGCGCGUCGACGUCGUGCGGCGUCGUGCAGGGCCGUUCUGAGGGUGGCAUAUGUGUGACGCUUGCGCCGACAUUCUUCGAUGGAGCAUUUGGCGACGAAAGCAUCCGCACGGCAGUCCGAGCCUGGGCGGAGGACCGCGCCGCCGCCGAGGCGGCCUACGGCCACAUCUCGACGUGGGAGACUUCAGGGGUGACGGACAUGUCGAAGUUGUUUUGCGUGCGGCAGGGUUGGAUGGAAGGCGAAUCGUGGUAUGACGACUGCGUCUUAUCGGCGUCCUUCAACGAGGACAUCGGCGCGUGGGACACAUCCGGCGUUACAGCGAUGUGGUGGAUGUUCUACGGCGCCUCGGCCUUCGACCAGGACCUCAGUGCGUGGGAAACCUCUGGUGUUACGACGAUGAGCGGGAUGUUCUUCGGCGCCUCGGCCUUCGACCAGGACCUAGGCGGCUGGCGCGUCGACAACGUCAGGGACAUGCACCAGAUGUUCGGCUGGGCUUCGUCGUUCAACCAGGACCUCAGCUGGUGCGUUGGCAAUGAUGUGAACCUCGAUGGGGCGUUCUCUGGCAGCGGGUGCUGCUCAAUGUCUUGCGGCGUCGCUCGAAAGGACGAAACUGGUGACUGCCAAAUCAUAGAAUCGUGGGACUGCUACUACUACUACGACGAUGACGACGAUGACGACGAUGGGGCCACGGAACUCGUCAUGUCAACGGGACUCGCGGCGAUUGGCAUCACGUUUACGGGAAUCACCAUCGCGGCGAUCGCGAAUGCGUUCCAGGAACAAUGCGCCCUGGGCCCCACGAUCGUCUACGAGGCCGGCACGACGCACCCCUACUACAUCUCACCAAAUCUAUGCACCAUCGGGACCAAGACCUUUUCGUCGGACAAGACAGUUCGCGACGCGUCGCCGCGCAAGGUCUGCCGCAAGUUCUGUGAGGCUGCAUCGGAGAAGGGCAAACUGGCGCUCAAGCACGUCCAGGGCCUGACGUGCUACUGCAAACGGAGGUAG